AUGCGUCUUGUCGAUUCCAUCACCCUCGUCACGGCUGUGGCUGCGCUGCCUCAGCCGCGGGAUCAGACACAGACCUUCUCAGUCGCUGUGUCCCCUUCUUCUAAUGAUGCCACAGGGGGGAGAGACUUUGUGCGCGACUGGGUGGCUGCUCAUCGGAAAUGGGGUGGUGGCGUGUCAUCCCAGGUCAUGUCUGCGCUUUCGACUACGGACACCGGUCCCGACGACGGUGCUGGCAGUGGCCGCGUUGUUGCCAACCCCCUUGGUAGAGAUGAUGUGUACAUUGCCAACUUGGCGGUCGGCAAUCCGCCGCAGCUGAUCAAGUUGGCCGUCGACACGAGCUCUUCAGAUCUAUGGACAGAGUCGAUAGCCACAGUCUACACGGUCAACCACAACGGUCCGUGGGCACCCCGAUACCGUCCCAACAUGUCCAAGACGUCUACUCUCCUCCAAGAUGCAGAAUGGGACAUCCGAUACGGGGACGGUACCUCUGCCGACGGCGUGACGUACCACGACACCGUAAGGCUGGGCACCCUACGCGUCGACUCUGCAACCGUCAAAUCUGCGCGCAUCAUACCCGCCAGCUUGGAGAACGAGACGGGGCUGAGCGGUGUUCUGGGCUUGUCAAAACCCACGUCCAACAGCAGCAGCAGCAUCACCCGGCUCAUCAGAGAGGCGCUGGUGGGCAGCAACGGCAGGCCGAUCAUCACAGCCGACCUACGUCACAACGCGUCGGGCCGCAUCGACUUUGGCCAGGUGGCGGACGACGACUCCCUGUCCGAAGACGCCAUCGCGUGGGUGCCCCCCGUGCCGUCCAGCUCGUACUGGGACGUCGACUUCUCGACAGUUGGGUGGCACGGGAGCCACGGGUUGUGGCACGACCGGGACUUCCGCGCCACGGUCGACACGGCCACGACGCUGCUCUUCCUCCCCCAGGCCCUGGCUGGCCUGUACUGGUUCGACAUCCCGGGCAUGCGCGUCGACCCCCGCCUCGAAAAUGCCUACACCUUCCCCUGCGUCUUGGCCGAUAGCCUGCCCGAUCUGCUCUUCAAGAUCCCCGGGUCGGACAAGUUCGUUACCGUUGCCGGUAAGUACCUCAACUAUGGGCCUGUCGGCAGCAGCACAGGAAAAACCACCACCAGCAGCAUAGGCGACGGUGAUGAGGACUACUGCUGGGGUGGCAUGCAGGGUGCUAAGGAUCUCGACGUCGCUGUCUUGGGGGAUAUGAUGCUCAAGGCUGUCGUUGUGGCGUUUGAUCUGGGCAGUGGGGCCGUUGGGUUUGCUAACAAGACGUUGGGUGGUUGA